AUGCCCUUCCUGAUGCAGCUCCAGUUCUACACGGAGAAUCGCACACAGCCCCUGGUCUUCCUAAGUGGUCUGCCAGCCAAAAACACUGAUGGUGAACCCAUGAAGUACAGAAUCCAGUUUGUGAGCGCUUUUGUGGAGAUCAGAUGCAGCUCCUCCAUGGCAGUGCUGAUGUGUGGUGUGGGGCUUCUGCCACUGCAUGUGAUGUGCUUCUCCAGGAUUCAGGCUACAGAGCGCCGUUCCAGCACCAACUCCUGGAAGGCAGAGCAGGAUGCAGACACACACUUCUCCAGCAGUGACUCUAGCUUUGUUGUGGGCACGGUCCAGGUCACAGUGACCCUGGAGGCAGACAGGCCACUGCUGAAGGUGUGGGUCUUGGAGAGGGUCCAGCUGCAGUGCUGCUUCAAUGUUAUAGAGGGAACGCUGCACUCCAGAUGGGUGAUGUACCGUCAUAAUGGCACCAGCCAAAUCAAUAAGACUUUUGUGACAGAGCCCAAGGAGUUCCAGCGGUCUGGUCGCUGGUGUGACAAUCUGAACAUCUCUUUGGUUCAGAUGAAUGACUCUGGGCUCUACCUGUGUUUGCUCAGUGGCAGCAAGAACUACAGCCUCAAAACACUCGGCACCCACCUAUGGGUGUACGAGUCACAGGAGAAGAUCCUCAAUUUCAGUGAAAGCACCAAAAACAAGAUCCUGACCGCUGAGGGAAUCUUACUCUUCCUGUGUGUGAUUCUGCCCUCCACUGCGCUACUCUUCCAGUCAAAGAAAAUAUCUCAAAUGGAGAAGAACGUAAAGAAGCAAGAAGAAAAUAUAUACCAGGGUCUGACCCUCGAUGACUGUGGUUCCAUAUAUGAACAGAUCGAGCAUUGUCAAGUGGAGGACCCUUAUGAAGAUGCAGGAAAUAUGGACUUCCACCUGGCAAAACCCUAAUUGCAAGAUAACUAAACAGCACCCCUAAAAUAUGAGCAAUAUCAUUUUUUUUAAU